GUUCAGCACAUCAAGUUUUGAGGUUUAUGGAUCCAAACCACAUUCAACCCAUGAUGCUGUCUCAAGCUGGGUACAUACUACCUCAACCAGGACUCAGCCUUGUCUCUCCUUUGCCUGGCGGUGCUACUGCGUAUGCCCACCAACCAUCAUAUCAAAAGUCAUUAUACUUUCCAUUGUCGUUUGCUGGUUAUAAUGACCCUCAAGUUAGUGAAAUGGACUUCUCCAGCUCCCAGGUCCAGAGCACUUACACUUCACCUGCCGAUGUGCUGGAAAAAGACUACCAAAUUGUUACUUAUGAAGAGCUUGAAAAAUUACUCCCAGAACCCAAACCAUCUGGUCGCGUCGAGUUGGGUUUGCUUCCGAAUGGGUGUGCUUAUGCACCUAAAACAGCAAGUCGAGAAAAUUACUUGUUAUUUGCAUCAAAAUAUAGCUAUAUAUUGUAUUUCACGUAAGUUUCUGUCAGUUUACCUUUCUUAAAGACAUAAAUACCGCAACAUACGUUGUACCGUUAACAGACAUAUAUGUUUUCACUUUAAAGCGUUCUAAAGUUAAUAUAAUCAUUAGAAACAUGUAAGUUUUUUGAAAAGUGUUCUGGUGAUGACUACGAAUUAAUAACGCCGUAAAACUGAAACAUCGUCAGCUCAACAAAUUAUUUCAGACAUGAUGUCAUACAUCAAACUCAACAAAAUCCCUUAACAUAGUUUUAUUCUUCUACCUCAAAAUUAAACUGGUUCACAUUAUAAUUGCCGAUACAACAACCAUAGCGAAUAUGCACUGCCAUUAUGAAUUAUUCUGUUCUCAACAGAGACCAUAAAUAAAGUGGUGGAUGCAUAAAAAACACUGGGUACGUAUAGAUUAAAGUAUAGGAUAUGCGCACACUUAUUUCUUGUUAGUCUACAUGUUAGCGGGACAUAGACUAGAUUAAAGCAUGCUCAAUGCAUGAUUGUUUUGGCGCACGCUGAUUGGCUGAUUCUUAUCCAAUCAGCACUAGUCGAUAGUCGGAGAAUAUUCUGGAAUCUUCUUAUGUAAAAAACUAUAAAUAUACCGACGUUUUCCCCUAUUGUGCUUCCUACUGGCUUCUGACUUGCUAUUUGGGAUAUAAUCUUUUUCCUGUUCAACCGUGUUCUGAUUUGGGGACUUGUCGAGUGAAUCGGUGUCCGAGAAUACUAAGCAAUAGGAAUAGCUGGGUCAUUAACCGUAAGAAGAAAGACAGACUUAUAACACUACACAAGGAAAAUCAAUCACAGUGCUACAAAAAAGUCCGGAAUCUGACGACUGUAACCGUCAAAUACAAUUUAAUAGCAGCCACACAAUUUCUUUGUUUUAGUAAUUAAUAAUAGACAACCUUCCUAGAGGUAAAAUCUUACGGAACGCAUCGACAUGGUAACCAUGGGUUAAGUUUUUCACAUUUAAAUGUUACCACCUUGUUUUAUCUCCUGCUAAUUCGAGUAAGUCCGAUUUAACUGCUCAUCACGAUAAUCCAGUUGUAUUGAAAGCUUACAUGCUUCGCAUUUUGGUGAUAUUAUUCCAAUUUCGUAAAUGGUGUUUUAAUUGCAUUAAUAUCUUGCUAUUUUCUUUAAGUCAUCAUUAUUUUUCUCGAGAAAACUUAUGCCGGGAUCAGACGUUCCUGAAUAUGCUUGUUGAUCGACUGAUUUUGCCAAUCGAAAAGCUUGUCAAAGCUCCUCGCCUAGCAGCUCUAAAUACUACUCAUGAAGAAGUGGAAAAAGCCUUACUUGGCAGUAAGAUUGUUUGUGUUGAAGAUAUGAAUGCGGGAAUGCGUGGUGUUCGCCGCAUUGAUGGUUAUCCUGGUCUGUCUACGAAUCCUGAUACUUCAAUAAAUGUGCAAUCUGAGAGUGGAUUAUCGACUUUUACAUCGUCUCAGAAUUUAACCUCGUUGAUUGGGUCUUUCUCUCUCCAACCACAAUUGCCUGAUCAACAAAUUACUACCAGUCUUCAAUCCGUAGUUGUGUUGAAAACUGCUGGUUCAGACAAAUUCCGAUCUGAUGGCGUUAUAAGAUCUGGACACAUGAAUUCUGAAACAAGCAAAGAGCUUCUACGAGCAAGUACUUUAAUUCAAAACCCGGUGACAACGAAUGUUUGCAUAGCACCUGCGUCUCAUCAAAUGUCCAUUCCAUUAUUGUUACCUUUAUGUGGUAUCGAGAACUGCAGCAAUAUUCAUAUAGAAUGUACCGGCACAGCGGGUCCUUCAGUAGCACCUUGUCGUAAUACUGCUCCUUGGAUAUUACAACGGCCUACAAAACAGCAUAAUCUAUAUUCUCGUGUUGCACAUGUGAUAGUUCCUCAGUCUAUAAAUCAAACGAAUUCUACAAAUUACAAUAAAAACCAACCACUCGCGUGGGACUUUCAUCAGCGCCCACAUCUCCCAGCUGCGAACAGUACACAUUCAAGUGUAGUACCAAUACGGCGUCAAACGCAUUUGCCAAAUUAUUUCAUUCGUCAGACAGGGAAUGUUAUAGAGUCAUAUCCUGUCCCAUUUUCAAUACCACAAACAAGUAACACAAAUCAACCUUUCAAUCUAGCUGUAGCAGCUGCUUUAGCAUCCAUGAGUACAAGCACCAGUAAUAGCAUUAAUCCAAACCACUAUGGACAUCAACCGCAGUAUUUCCCCAACCAGUUGUUAACCAACUCUUCAAACAUCAGUCCAAUUGGAGCUAACCAACAACGACCAUCAAAUGCACUUUUGAAUCACCUCCAAGCAGUAGCUGCCAUGUCAGCUGUUGCACAACAUUCGAAUGCUACACCUUAUUUUCAGAAUCCUGUAUCUCAAACUAAUCCUUUUCAUAUCCCCACCCCUGUGCCAUUGCCAGUGUACUACACCGCUCCACAGUUAUCGUUACAAUCUUCUGGUGCGCGGAACUCUUUACAGCGUUUACAACAAAAUGUGUAUCCGAUGCAAAGCUAUGGCUAUCAGACAGUCCAAAACGUCCCAGUAUCUGAGUCAUCGGAUAAUCUAAGGUCAGAUAGUAGAUGUGGCUUAACGGUACCGAAUCUCCCACAACAUACAAAUAACUUGAUUUAUCCUAUACUGUUGCAACCACCCGUGCACAUACAGCAUAAGUUACCCACACAUAUGAAUGGUACAGGGUGGCAGGUUCACAACCCUGGUCAGUCGAUACGUGGAGCAUUCAAUUCAGUAGGUUUAACGCCUAUACCCAUUAACUUCACAGUCAUUAACACUAAUGGCUCUACUUCGGUAGCCAAUAAUGGGAUGCUCAAAGAGUUACCAACGUUUUCAGACACAAAAGAUAAUCUUGAUAACAAUACAGCAGUAGAUAAUAUGGUAAGUGAUGCUGCAAUAAAUGUGUCUCUUGCAUCUGAAAAUCAAUUGGAUAGUAAAUCGUCUGUGUUACCAGGGUUAAUUUCAUCUACUGAAAAUUUUACAUGCGCAGUUAUUGGCGACAAUCAGUCUCAUAAGCUUCCCAAACAAGUUGAAAAAAUGACCUCUCCUGGUUCGGUUCAUGAUUCUGAGGAUUCAGUUAGUUCUGGGAUAGGAGACAUGACUGCCACUAGCACUGGUGAUAAUGACAGUCGUAACAAUUCGUCGUGCACACCAACCGAACCAACUCGUAUUAUUCCGAAAUCUGACUACGUACGAAACAAGUCUUCAACACGAAUUAAAGAAAAACUUACUGGUACAUGAGUCUCCGAAAUGAUGAAAUUCAUAAUUUUGUAUUAUCAUUCACUGAAGCUACAAGUGAUCAUCCAAUAUCAUGCAGUCAUUUGUUCCAAGUAAUUUACACAGCUUACUGGAUAGACUAGUAAAGGAAACUCAUAAGCAGAACAUAUAUUGUGCUUACCAGUUAUCUUUUUCACCAUUAUAAUUAAAGCGACGGAAAUAGAAACAAAGAACCAUAACUACUGGCCGUUUCAUCCUGCAUAUUCACGAACCACCGUUCCGGUCACAAUUACGCUGUUCAUUUUCAUUACAAAUGCUUUAUUUUAAGUCGGGAAAUACUGUGAUUAGAAUUCGCGUUACGGCCACUCCUAUAUGGUGUCUAAACUGCCUUUUCUUUCAUUUUGAAGAUUUCUUAGUUACUGUUUUUAUUCCACCCUGUUUGUAUAUAUGAUUUAUUGUCAGUACAUACGUAUCUAUAUACCACCGCUUUACUUCAAGCUUCCUUAAGUGUUAUCAUUUUGCGAGGUAUACUGCACAAUUUACAUUUCCCCAUGCAAAAGAGAAACCAAUUAUCCUACCUCACCAUAUACGUAUAUCCCAGAAAAUCUCCAGAUAAGCGCCUUAGGUCUAGAUUUUCGUAGUUAUAUGCAACUAGGAGUUUAAAGGAUUAGAACUAUACCGAAAUCAAACUAUUUGUUUUUCAUUGACUUUCUAAUUAAAAACAAGCUGAGAUUUUCUCCUUAUCCGUGCUCUCCCUGAGACUUAUUAACUUAAGCUGCUAAAGCACCUUGAUUUUCCAUUAAACUGUUUAUUUUGAGAUAUUUUCUUCCUUAUAGUGUUACCUUGCAAAUCUUAAAAAUAACUUCUUGGUUUCAAAGUUACGCAAGAUAUUUUAUGAGUGAAUAGAUGUGCAUUUUCUUAUUGCGAAGCAAAUCAUUUGGACGCAUUUUGUGAAGCAUAAAUAAAUGGGAUUUCGAUAGAAAUCUAAACUUUUU